AUAAACAUGUAUUAUUCUUCGCUGCCGUUUAAUAUUUAAAAAGAUCGCCAUGCCGAAAGUAUCAAGCUCUAAAGCUGAUUUACUUAAGAAAUGGAUAAAGAAUGCUAAACAUUUAUCCACUGAUGGAACAGUUGUAUACUGUAACGCCUGUUCAACGCAAUUAUCCUCAAACCAGAAAUUUCAGAUCGAUCAACACCUUGCUACAGCCAUUCACAAGGACAUGGAGAAUUGAUUCAACGGGAAAGUGCAACAAACACCAGGAUUCUAAAAAUGAAUUUUAUUUUGAUUUAUGCAACUCCAUGGCACAAUCAAACAAACCAUGGAAUAAAACCGGCGUUCCGUAAAUUUUUAGAAAAAUAUUGUAACCACCAUAUCCCAAAUGAAUCUAAAAAACUAUUUGAAGAAAUGUUAGCAGAAUCAUAGAAAAGGUGAUUGAAGAACUAAGUCUUAUUCCUGGAGAAAUUGGAAAAAAAAUUACGGUUAAAUGGGAAUGUGUUUUAUUUCGC